AUGUCUGAAACCACGGAAACUACCACCGUGAAACAAGAGGAGGUUGAUGACAGCCUCGAUAAAAAGACCCUCUUCGUCAGGGCAAUUCCAAAAGAGGCAACCACAGCCGAGCUUCUGGAGUACUUCUCCCAGUUUGUUCCUGUGAAGCAUGCCGUCGUUGUCACCGAUGAUGAAAAACAGUCCAGAGGAUUUGGUUUCGUCUCCUUCACUAUGGAAGACGAUACCUUGACUGCGUUGGUCGAGUCCAAGAAGGUCAAAUUCCAAAACAGAUUCCUUCGAGUCGAUAUCGCAAAGAGAAGAGACAGAAAAGGUAAAGACAGCACCGAACCUAGGGAGAAGGAAGAAGCUGCACCAAUAGAAAAGAGAAGAUCCCGUUUGAUCAUCAGGAAUUUGCCAUGGUCGUGUAAGGACGCCGAAAAGCUCAAGAAGCUCUUCCUGAAAUACGGUGGUGUUCACGAUGCAUAUAUUCCUACUAAGAAGGGUGGUCUCAUGAAAGGGUUUGCCUUUGUGGUGAUGAAAAAGAAAGCUGCAGCUGAGAGGGCCGUUAAAGAGUCUGUUGGUUUGAAGAUCGACGGUAGAGAGGUCGCUGUUGACUUGGCUAUUGAGAAGUCCAAGUGGGAGCAGGUUAGAGAGGAAGAUAAAAGCACCGCCAGAGAGAGAGAAGUCAAGGAGGAAAGUGAAGAGGACGUUGAGGUGAAGGAGGAAGAGGACUCUGAGGUUGACUCCGAGAACGAAGAUGACUCCGAGUUCGACGAACUUAAUGGUGACAAGGUGAAGGAGGAAGAUGACAUGGACGAGGAUGAUGAUGAAGAGGAAGAGGAAGAGGAGGAGGAAGAGGAAAAAGAGAAGCAGAAUAGACAAGACGCUUACUCUGUCUUUGUCAGAAACAUUCCUUACGACGCAGACAAAGAAUCCUUGACUACCCACUUCAACCAAUUUGGCCCUGUUAAAUACGCAUUGCCCGUGAUUGACAAAGUCACCGGUUUGGCUAGAGGUUCCGCUUUUGUUGCAUUCAAAAAUGAAGAUUCCUACAAUGCUUGUCUACUGAACGCUCCAUCCGUGUCGUCCACAUCGAUGUUGAUUUCUGAUGAUGUUCUGCCUGAAUAUGUCUAUCAAGGCAGAAUCUUGUCCAUUGUGUCUACAGUCGACAGAAGCUCUGCCAGUCGUCUUGCAGAGAGAAACCAGAACAAGAGAAAGGAGGUUUACGGCAAAGAGGAGGGCGAUAAGGACAGAAGAAACUUGUUCUUGUUGAACGAAGGUCGUGUCACCCAGAACUCAAAGCUCGCAGAGGUCAUGUCCAAGACGGAUAUGGAAGUGAGAGAAAAGUCUUACAAGAUGCGUGUCCAGCAGCUUAACAAAAACCCCACCUUGCAUUUGUCACUCACAAGAUUGGCCAUCAGAAAUCUUCCUAGAGCCAUGACUUCUAAGGCUUUGAAAGCCUUGGGACGUAAGGCAGUGGUUCUGUUUGCUACUGAGGUGAAGGAGCAAAAGAGACACCCAUUGUCGAAGGAGGAAAUCAGCCGUUCCACGAAAGCUAAGCACGAGUUUGAAGAGGAUGUCAAGAACGUCGAGGAGGAAGAGAAGAAAAAGAAGACGAAACACACCGGUGUUGUCAAGCAAGCUAAAGUCAUUAUGGAAAUCAAGGGAACUGGAGAAGCCGGCAGAAGUAGAGGUUAUGGUUUCUUGGAAUUCAGAGACCACAAGUCUGCUUUGAUGGGUCUUCGUUGGCUUAAUGCUCAUGAGGUUACGACUGAAGAGGUUAUGGCUGGCUUGAACGAGGAAGAAAAGAAGGUUGCUAGUCUUGAGGGCCUCACGAAGAGACGUCUUAUCGUUGAAUUCGCUAUUGAAAAUGCUCAAGUCGUCAAGAGAAGAAAGGACAAGGUCUUUAUCGCCAGAAACAACAAGAGAAAGAGAGAUGAAGGCGAUGCUGGUGAAGAAAAGGAUGAUGAUGCCCAGCCUUCAAAGAAGCAGAAGAAGGGUAAAAAGGGUAAAAAGGGCAAUAUGAACAAGGGCCCUAAACCACCAAAGGAGGAUAAGGAAGAGAAGAAGGAGAACAAUAAGUCUGGACUUUCCGCUGAGGUCAAGCAGAUAAUCGGCAAGAAGAGAAAGAACAGAAAGGGGAAGAACUAG